UAAUAAUAAUUCUCCCGAACGGAAUAACGGUGACUUCAGGCUCUUUUCCUUCUCCUGGUUCAAAAGAACAAAGCGCUCCAAACGUCGCAUCGGUAUUCCGGUCUCUGCUUGUCUUGCAACUAUCACAAAGUUAUCUAUUCAGAUCUCUCCUCUCAUCUCCUUCCAUUGUUCCUCGCCCUCUUUACUACAAGGGUUUCUUGAUUUCCCUGUCAUUUUCUUUUUAAAUUAGGUUUCUUUUUUCUUUACACCUUAAAUCCCAAUUGAUUUGAUCGCAAAAGCCAUGUCUGCUUCGACGGUGUCGAUCACUGCGAACCCUGCGGCUCGGCGGAGACCAGUCGUCAUUGGUGAGAAGAAGACCAACAAUAUUGAUUUUUUACCCACUGAAGCACAAAUUAAUGGUGGAGAUCUUGCUAUGAACAAUGUUAUAGGCAAUGAUAAACUUGCGGCCUCUCACAGCAAGGAUGUAAGCCAUCAUUCCAUUCGGGGUGAGGCGGUUCUGGAAAGAUCCUCGAAAGAUUUGGCCCAAGUUAAGAAGAACAACGCCUUGGCACAUUCCACCGUUUCACCUCGUAGGACACGUAAAGUGGUCGGCAAGCCCGAGAAGCCGCGGUGGCAAACGGUGUUACGUAUUUUCACCAAGAAUUUUGUGCUGCUGCUCGUUUUAGUAGGGUUGGUGCAGAUGGUUAGGAGGUUGGCUUUGAAAUCAGGGGAUUCUUCUCUGUCGGGGACACAGUUGGGAUUAUCGGAAUUUGAGGCCCGAAUUGCGGAGGUUGAAUCGUUUCUGAAGACAACUGUGAAAAUGAUUCAGGUUCAAGUGGAGGUUGUCGAUGCGAAGAUGGAAAAUGAGGCUGAAGGGCUAAGAAGGGAAAUGGACAAGAAGAUUGACGCCAAAGGUAUAUUUUGGGAGAGUGAGUUAAAGCAAUUAGUAGCCAGACAUGACGCACUGGACAAGUCAUUAGGUGAGUUAAAAGCUGUGGACUGGUUGUCCAAGGAGGACUUCAAAAAGUUCUAUGAGGAGUUGAAGAAGGGACAAGGCAGUGUGCUUGGUGAAAGUAAUCUCAGUUUGGAUGAUAUUAGAGCAUAUGCGAGGGAGAUAGUGGGGAGGGAAAUUGAGAAGCAUGCGGCAGAUGGGCUGGGAAGGGUGGACUAUGCGCUGGCAUCUGGUGGCGCUAUGGUAGUGAAACACUCAGACCCGUAUAUUGUUGGGAAGGGUAGCAACUGGUUCUUGAUGAGUAGCCGAAGUGGUAUUCAUCCUGAUGCGGUUAAGAUGUUGAAACCGAGCUUUGGAGAGCCUGGGCAGUGCUUUCCACUCAAAGGAAGUAGAGGGUUUGUUCAAAUUAGGCUUCGAACAGCUAUCCUUCCUGAGGCUGUUACUCUGGAACAUGUUGCUAAGAGUGUUGCUUAUGACCGGUCAAGUGCUCCAAAAGACUGUCGGGUGUCUGGAUGGCUGCAGGGGGAUGAUGUUGAUCAUGCAAUUGAUAGUGAGAAGAUGUUUCUUUUAACUGAAUUCACGUAUGACCUUGAAAAGAGCAAUGCUCAGACGUUUGGUGUGCUGGACUCAGCAGCCUCUGGCAUUGUUGACACUGUGAGGCUGGACUUUUUAUCCAACCAUGGGAGCUCCUCCCAUACUUGCAUUUAUCGCUUGAGGGUGCACGGUUUUGAACCUGAUUCUGUUUCAAUGGUGACAAUGGAGUCUUAAAAUACCAUCUCUUGUAACUUUUCUUUUCUUUUUUUUCUUUUUUUUCUUUUUUCAAAUUUGUUUGUUUAAAUUUGUCAGUUCAUCGAGUAUUUGUGUUAGAUUGUUAGGUUGCACUUGAAUGGAUGUAGACAGUCUUUGUAUUUCUUGGUCAAUUGUGUACUGUAGACAGUUGUAUUCUUCGUAUUAGAUCGAUUUCGAGUUUACUGUGCC